GCAGUUCCUAAUCCAAAAACAGCAGGAUACGGCUGGAGCGUGGAGGGAGCAGGGGAUAAGGAUCACGGAAUUAUUGCACUUUUCACCAUGGAUUAAACCAAAAUUCCAGAAUAAAAUACACAUACUGCAAUCUCCGCUAAAAUAAAGAAAAGAGACUGAGUUUACAGAUGUGUAGCGAGAUACCAGCAAAGCGAGCAGUGAUUGCUGCGUGUAGGUUGCUACAUCCUUACCAAGAAACACUACAUCCUUGUUAUUGACUACCGCAGCCUUCCUGGGAUUUCGAGCUGAUUUUUUUUGGAAAAUCGAACCUUUUGUUUGCUUAUAUUUUGAUAAGGCGAGGGACUGUGAUUUACAAUGGACAGGGUUAGAAAAGAGACUCCUCUAUACAAGCUUUAUUGUUAAAUACUUGAUUUAAUAUAAUUUGCGCUUUAAAAAUGGCUGCUGGACAGAGCUUAAAGAGAGUUGUUAGAUAAAUUACGUUAAAAUCCAAUACUUUCUUUUUUUUUCUUUUCAUCCUGAAUGAUAAAGCGUUAGACGUUGAAUUUCUUGCCUUUCUGACUCAUGCUUGCUUGUUUACUGUAGAACUCUGUGUUUUCAUAAACAGAAACAUCAGUCUAAUCGUGGGAGAAUUAGUGAAGUAUAAACUAUUUCUAAUUCAUUUUAUUUUUCCCCAGGAAUAAAAUAAAAGCCGUAAAAGGCUUUCACCGCUGUCUUGCGGUGUCUUUUAUUUUUAAACCAGUCCUCUUACCUUAUGAAACUCAAAUCUUAUUUGAAUUGCUUGGAAAUUAAGACUUGGAAUUAUCUCAUCAAGUACAAUUUACAAAAUAGCAUUAGGGAAUUGUAGACAAGUAGUCUUUUCAUGCCAGAAAAAGUCGAAUUUAUUUUUUUAAAGAAAUUCUGGAAUCUUGAAAAAAGAAAAUCGACAGUGCUGUAUUUUUCCAAAAAAAAAUAAAUCUAUAAAUAUAUAAAGCAUGGAUGCUGGGAAUAUGCUCCGAAGGGGACUACUGCUUUUCAAAAGGCACGCAUACCCACAUUCUGGAUGGGUCGAUGUCAACAGAUAUUUAUUGCUUUGUGUUUUGUUUCAUCUGGUGCUUCAUGCCGACGCAUCCCUCGCAAGGUCCUGCGAUAAGAGUUGCCAUUCGGGAAGAUGUUUCAACGGGACGUGCAUAUGUGACCAGGGAUGGGUUGGAGAGCAGUGCCAUCAUUGCCAGGGCAGGUUUAAAUUAAGUGAACCUUCUGGAUAUUUAACAGAUGGACCGAUACAUUAUAAAUAUAAAACAAAGUGCACCUGGUUAAUCGAGGGAUAUCCUAAUGCAGUAUUAAGGUUAAGAUUUAACCACUUUGCUACCGAAUGUAGCUGGGACCAUAUGUAUGUAUACGAUGGAGAUUCUGUAUAUGCACCUUUAAUAGCAGUGUUUAGUGGUCUUAUAGUCCCAGAGGUACGAGGAAAUGAGACUGUCCCGGAGGUAGUUACCACUUCUGGCUAUGCAUUGCUGCACUUUUUUAGUGACGCUGCUUACAAUUUAACUGGAUUCCACAUUUUUUACUCAAUGAAUUCCUGCCCCAACAAUUGCUCAGGCCAUGGGAAGUGUACGACUGGUAACUCGAUUGCCAGCAGGGUGUACUGUGAAUGUGACAAAUACUGGAAAGGGGAGGCAUGUGACAUUCCCUAUUGUAAAAACAACUGUGGCAGCCCGGACCACGGCUAUUGUGACCUGACAGGGGAGAAGCUGUGUGUUUGCAAUGACAGCUGGCAAGGUCCAGAUUGCUCCCUAUCAGUUCCUUCUACAGAAUCGUACUGGGUGCUGCCAAAUGUGAAACCAUUCAGCCCGUCUGUCAGCCGUACUUCCCAUAAGACUGUUAUGCACGGGAAGUUCAUGUGGGUGAUCGGAGGCUACACGUUCAACUACAGCUCCUUCCAAAUGGUUUUAAAUUACAAUAUUGAGAGCAGUAUAUGGAAUGUUGUACCAAUUAACAGUGGUCCUCUCCAGAGGUAUGGACACUCUCUCGCUUUGUAUCAGAGUGACAUCUACAUGUAUGGAGGUAAAAUGGAAACCAGUAAUGGGAAUGUCACGGAUGAAUUAUGGGUAUUCAACAUCCCAAGCCAGACCUGGUCUGCAAAGUCUCCCACGGUGCUGGUGCAUGGUCAGCAAUACGGUGUAGAGGGACACUCUGCACAUAUCGUUGAGCUGGACAAUGGAGAUGUUAUAAUGAUCCUCAUUUUUGGAUAUUCAGCUGUAUAUGGCUACAUCAGCAAUGUGCAGGAAUACAAUUUAAGGACUAACACAUGGUUAGUGCCAGAGACUAAAGGAGCCAUUGUCCAAGGCGGUUACGGCCACAGCAGUGUUUAUGAUGGAAUGACAAAAUGCGUUUACGUGCACGGAGGAUACAAAGCUCUCCCAGCAAAUAAGUACGGCUUGGUGGACGAUCUCUAUAGAUACGAAGUUCGAACCCGGACAUGGACAAUCUUGAAGGAAAGUGGGCUUGCACGGUACCUCCAUUCAGCUGUCAUCCUCAGUGGUGUUGUGCUGGUCUUUGGAGGAAACACACACAAUGAUACAGCUCUGAGCAAUGGAGCCAAGUGCUUUUCAUCUGAUUUCAUAGCGUACGACAUUGCCUGUGAUGAAUGGAAAAUGUUGCCAAAACCCAGUUUGCACAGAGACGUCAACCGGUUUGGGCAUUCUGCGGUCAUCAGUAAUGGAUCCAUGUAUGUGUUUGGCGGUUUCUCCAGUGUGCUUUUGAACGACAUCUUGGUUUACAAACUGCCCAACUGUGAGGCUUUCAGAGCAGAAGAGCCGUGCCUCGAUGCGGGCCCAGGAAUCCGCUGUCUUUGGGAUGAAGACCGCUGCGUGUCCUGGGAUCCCCGUCACACCAACGGCACGUUCCCAAGCGUUCGGUGCCCGCAAAAGAAAACGUCCGCGGAUGACAGAUGCUACAGAUACACUGACUGUGCCAGCUGUACUGCAAACACCAACGGCUGCCAGUGGUGCGAGGACAAAAAGUGCAUUUCAGCAUCCAGCAACUGCACUGUGUCUGUGAAGAAUUACACAAAGUGCCAUGUGAGAAAUGAACAGAUCUGCACUAAGCUGACCAGCUGCAAGAGUUGUUCUUUAAACCUGAACUGUCAGUGGGAUCAGCGGCAGCAGGAGUGCCAUGCUCUGCCUGCUCAUCUCUGUGGAGAGGGUUGGAGCCAUGUUGGGGAUGCUUGCCUGCGGAUCAAUGCCAGCCGGGACAGCUAUGACAACGCCAAACUUUACUGCUAUAAUCUCAGCGGCAACCUCGCCUCUCUAACCACUUCCAAAGAGGUGGACUUUGUCCUUGAUGAACUUCACAAGUACACUGUACAGAAGAUCUCUCCUUGGGUUGGGCUGCGCAAGAUCAACAUCUCUUACUGGGGCUGGGAGGACAUGUCCCCGUUCACCAACACAACCAUGCAGUGGCAGCCUGGAGAACCCAAUGACUCCGGGUUCUGUGCUUAUCUGGAGAAGGCAGAGGUGGCAGGUCUGAAAGCCAAUCCCUGCACUGCUAUGGCAGAUGGCUUAAUCUGCGAGAAGCCUGUCGUAAGUCCAAACCAGAAUGCCAGGCCCUGCAAGACGCCAUGCUCCCUGAGAACAGCCUGCUCCAACUGCACCAGCCAGGGCAUGGAGUGCAUGUGGUGCAGCAGCGCCAAGCGGUGUGUGGACUCCAACGCCUACGUCAUCUCCUUCCCAUACGGACAGUGCCUGGAGUGGCAGACUGGGAACUGCCUGCCUCAAAACUGCUCAGGACUCCGUACCUGCAGCCAGUGUCUGGAGCAGCCAGGCUGCGGAUGGUGCAACGACCCCAGCAACACCGGCAAAGGACAGUGCAUUGAGGGCUCGUCAAGGGGACCAAUGAAGGGGAUUGGGAAGCAGAGCCAAGACCUGGUGCUUGAUCAGGGCCUGUGCCCCAAGGACAAAAGCUUUGAAUGGGCUUUUAUUCACUGUCCAGCAUGCCAGUGCAACGGGCACAGCACGUGUGUGAACAGCAGCAUUUGUGAACAGUGCAAAAACCUGACCACAGGAAAGCAAUGCGAGGCCUGCAUGGCUGGAUACUAUGGGGACCCUACGAACGGAGGGAAAUGCCAGGGUUGUAAAUGCAAUGGACAUGCAAAUAGUUGCCAUUCGCAGUCAGGAAAAUGCUUCUGCACUACCAAAGGAAUCAAAGGAGACCAAUGUCAACUGUGUGACUCAGAAAACAGGUAUCUGGGUAAUCCACUGAGGGGAACAUGCUACUAUAGCCUUCUGAUUGACUAUCAGUUCACCUUCAGCCUCCUCCAAGACGAUGACAAACACUACACUGCUAUCAACUUCAUGGCUAAUCCAGAGCAGCCUAACAAGAAUCUUGACAUGUCUAUUAAUGCAUCUAACAAUUUCAACCUGAAUAUUACGUGGUCCGUUGGUUCAACAGCUGGGACCAUCUCAGGAGAGGAAAUCCCAAUUGUCUCCAGGUCUAACAUAAAGGACUACAGAGACAGUUUCUCCUGUGAGAAAUUCAGCUUCCGAAACAACCUCAACAUCACCUUCUACGUGUACGUCAGCAAUUUCUCAUGGCCAAUAAAAAUACAGAUUGCGUUCUCUCAGCACAACAGCAUAAUGGACCUGGUGCAGUUCUUUGUAACAUUCUUUAGCUGCUUCUUGUCCCUGCUUCUGGUCGCUGCUGUGGUUUGGAAGGUAAAACAGACCUGCUGGGCCUCAAGACGCAGAGAGCAGCUCAUGAGGGAGAGGCAGCAGAUGGCCAGUCGCCCCUUUGCUUCUGUGGAUGUGGCGCUGGAAGCAGCAGGAGGAGAGCAAACUGAUCCUCUACGAGUGCCACUAGAGGGAGCCCCGAAGCCGAUUGCUGUAGAGCCCUGCUCCGGGAACAAGGCAGCAGUGCUGACUGUGUUCGUGUGUCUCCCAAGAGGCUCGUCGGAGGCCCCUCCUCCUGGCCAGUCCGGUCUGGCUAUUGCCAGCGCCCUCAUUGACAUUUCACAGCAGAAGCCCAUGGACUGCAAAGAGAAGAGCUCGGGAGUAAGGAAUCGAAAGCAGCCCCCUCCAACACAUCAAGGGACUUGUGUCUGAACACGAGGGAAGCGCACCUGUGCAUUCUGGAGCUGGCUUUCUUUUUACAUGGCUUUGGACAGCAGUCGUACUGCAGCCUCUGGUUUUAGAGAGGUCAAUAACGAAACUGUAUUACGUAAUGUGCCCUGUUAAUCUCCAUGCAUACGGUCAGUAGUGCUCAUGAAACAGUGACCCCUUCUGAACAGCGCUGGUUUGGAGACGCUCGCUUGAAGUGAAGACUGUCUGUUAGGAAACAAGGAUACAUCAUCCCAGACCUUCCACUUGUUCUGCUGAAAGGCAACAUUUUUGAGAGAGAUUUAAUGAUCAAAAAGGUUGUCUAUAGGUUGAAUUUGAAAACCAAAACAGGCUUUAGUGGAGACAAUAGCUUGUAAAAUGGGUCAGAGUAGUAUUUUCAACAUAUCUUCUUUUUGAAAAAAUAAAAUAUGCGUAGCAUUUGGGGUUUGCUUAACUUGGGACAAGCAUGAUUUUUUUAUAGGGACCUUCAUGGUCAGUUAAACCCUGAAACAGUGAUGCUAAGCUUUCGUGUCCUUCCAUUUCAAUCGGUUCAGUCCACAGAAUUAUUAUUAUUAUUAUUAUUAUUAUUAUUAUUAUUAUUAUUAUUAUUAUUCAUUUUUAAACAACAUUCAUGUAACUUUCAGAAUGGUUGUACACAAGGGAAGAUCCCAGCAGUGAGUCCUUGUACCGGCUCGGUUCAUCUCAACCACAGUCCCAACACCUUCCACAGUGUUCAGAACUGCAAAGAGUUUCUUAUUAAAACUGGUUCAUCUCAACCACAGUCCCUACACCUUCCACAGUGUUUAGAACUGCAAAGAGUUUCUUAUUAAAACUGGUCCGUCUCAACCACAGUCCCUACACCUUCCACAGUGUUCAGAACUGCAAAGAGUUUCUUAUUAAAACUGGUCUGUCUCAACCACAGUCCCUACACCUUCCACAGUGUUCAGAACUGCAAAGAGUUUCUACCCUCAGUGACGGAGAAGCAAAAAUACCGCUUCAGGAGCAGAAAGGCUCCUCUCUGGUUUUGUACCAUGUGUUUAAUUCAUUAUGUUUUCACACCAUUAACUAUUUGCAAAAUGUGGCAACGAAAUACUGUUUAAAAAGAGCUUGCAGCAACUGGAUGUCAUGGGCUCAAUCAUGCUUAUGGCAGGGACAUUGGUUUAGUUGCUAUGAGACAGUAAUGGGUACUGCGUCCUAGCAACCAGCUGCUUGCGUAGUAUGCCUUGAGUAUGAGAACGGUGUUUUGUGUAUAAUAUGAAGGAUAUUUAAGAAAUACCUGAUGUCUACUACUUAUUUACAUUGCUUUUUUUUUUUUAAUUCAGGAAGGUAAUGGUCCUAUCUACAGUGGAGUUACAUGCAUGCCAUAGUGGUGUCAUACUGUAUCUGUGAUAUUAAACUAUGUGUCCAUGAUUUUUUAUUGAAUGAAAAAAAAGCCAUUCUGAAUCCGAAGUACAUAUCAUAAUAUAUUAAGUACUUCAUGUAUUUUAGGGCUGGUAUCCAUAAUCCAAAAUAAAUCCUGCUUUCUUUAACACACUGUGAACAGGAUGUGAGUGGUGUAAAACACAAGUGAAAGUCCAGACCAGAGUUCCCAAAAAGUCAGUGUUUAUUUUAAAAACACAAAUAAUAAUAAUAAUAAUAAUAAUAAUAAUAAUAAUAAUAAUAAUAAACCACCCCUCUGCCAGCGAUGGCAUCGGGGGGAACACGGCAGGUUUACAGUCCUGAAACACAAAUAAUAAUAACACUCCUGUGACCACAAUCCUCCGUGCACGAAACUGUGCUCUUUCUCCGGGGUCGUGGUGAGCGCUGGUGAAUGUGCUGUGUUGUGCUGUGAGGGACGUGCUCCGGGUCUUAGUGCUGGCUUCGCGGCUGCAGCUCCCGACUCUCACUCCUCCUCUGUCAGAGACACAAAACAAAAACACAGGCUCCAGCUGGAUGCCGUCAUCAGCACAAGGGCCGUACUAACGUAGCUGCUUCCCCUUUGUACCCAGAACCUCCUCCUUGCAAGCAACCCGUUGCCAUGGUUUCUCCAAUAGGGGCCCGCCCCGCAGCUGAUUGCAAUGGAAUCCUUCCAGGUACAUGCAACUACGCGCUCCCCCUAAUAUGGUCACCCUUCCGGUUUCUGCCUACCGUCAAGGCAGUCCAUCUAGGAGGAAGCAUACGAUCAACCUUACCCAGUAGAUAAAAUCUCAUGGGCCCAUUCUUGUAUAAACUGUAACGAUCUCAGCACUGUGUGGCUUGUGUGUAUAUUACUGAAGAGAAAGAGAUUCCAUGCAUGUUCACAGAGAACUGUAGUUAUUCCACAAAUGAGCAUAGUGUUAUUCACAGCAUUCUUCAUGACUGAAAUAAGCACAGCUCUCCAUGAAUGUUCUUGGGAGUAAUCUGCUGAAGACAAGCCAACUGCAAAAGCCAAGGUGUCUCACUAAGAAACUGACAAGCAAUGUUAAGAGGGCAUGUAUGGAGCAACAGGUUCCCUUUGCAGUCACGCUGUAAUGCUAGUGGAGAAUGUGCACAUUAAAGAGGUUGCACAGAUCAUUUUAAAUGACUCCUUGUUUUAUGUGAAAUUCCAUGUGAGCAGCAGAGAAUAAGUGUCAAGGACCUGGAUGGUUCCCUCUCAUUUCCUAAACUGUUUCUAAACUUGUCAAAUGUUAUCAAAAGCACCAGUAAUACAGGAAUGUAUUGCAUUUGAAAAUGCUGGCACAGUACCGACCUUCUUGGACUAUAGUGUGUAACCCUUUUACAAAGUGCUGUAGAAUUUCUGCAUGUAUUCAGGUAUACCGCAGUGUUUUUGAUAGGGAAGUGCUGUAUACAAGAGGUAUGCAUUGUUGUAAGCCAAGGAAGCUCACAGGGUACACUCAGGGGUGCGCAUUAUAAUUAAAAAAAAUGACAGUAUGUCAGAGGCUGGCGUUAGUAUAUUCAUAUACACCAGUGGGAGUUACAGGGCUAAUUAAAUAGGUGAGUGGUCCAGCCAUUUAUUCCAAUUUCCCCCUGGGCUCAAUAUCUGUAUUCACUAAUUGAAUUUCUUCCAAAGAACAGAUGAUGGUUUAUCCGUUACCUAUAGGUACGCUUGUUAACUCACUGACUGACACCAUAGCCAAGUGCAAGGAAAGCAUUUCCUCUUGUAUCCUGCAUGCUGGGUCUGUAAUUGUGGUACAUGAGUGAUGAUUUGAUAUUGGAAUUUGAAUUAUGCUAUUUCAUCCAGUUUCACAUGUGUUCAGAAUGACAGGCUCGGAGGGGAUCUAGUGGGUUUUAGCCUGCCUGUUAAACAUGGAAUAAAUUGGCCCUCUGGGCUCAGAGUUGCCUGUCCAAUACAUCACAACCCAGAAUAUUACAUUUAGAAACCUCUGUGUUCAGAGUUUGAUAAGCAUUUACAAUGGAAUUGCAAGUGGAAGGUAGAAGGAAAUCAUGCAGUUGCCUUAUACAGUAUUUCAUGCCCACUACUGUUCAAUAUCAGUUUUAUUAACUUCAGCUACAACCCGUGGCUGCUUGAAUUAUUGAGAGAAAUAAAAAGGAAUAAUAGUCACGUGAACUUUCUAUUCACGACAUGAAGCUACACAGGUAGAAUGAACAGGAUCAGACUGUAUCUUCUGUAUACAAAUACCCGCAUUUAGGGGUAACUUGGAGGUUAGAGAAAAUGUGCACGACCCGCCCAUUAACAAAUAGGUCCUAAGUGUAUCAGACAUCCCAUUGGUGUUACAGAAAUGGCAAUGGUAGCCAGUUCCCACCAAGCUCCACUUCUUGCUGAUUUCUAUGUAUUGUAUGUGUUUUUUAUUGCACCACAAAUGUAACACUUUUGUGUUUGUUUUUUGGACAGUUCACGUUUAGAUUCCCAUAUUGUUUUACCCUAAUUUUGUCUUUUUUGCUUGUUAAAAAGGAGAUCUGUCAGAUUAGGGUAGACUGUGCGUGGCUGAGCUGUUUUCCUUCUGCACACUGCAUCUGAGUUCCUUACCUGAGCUCUUUUAGAGCGACAUGUGAAAUGGGGACGCUGCCAGUACCACCAAACUCAAUACACCCAUUACCAAAGCCUAAUUCAAACCAAUUUCACAAUGUAGGUUGACAUUUCACAGUGUAUAGCAGUCGUAUUGCUUUUAAGAUGUUUUCCUGAAUGAAAUUAUUUCAAAGAAAGGCGUUUGUUUACAUGUAGUGCAAUAUUGUAGAGAGGGCCAUGGUUCUUCGACUACUGCCCACUACCUAAUUACAUUAUAGGCUAACAUUUGAAAUCCUGACACACACACUGCAGUAAGGCUGAACAGAAGUAGCAGAUAAUGUUGGUUGUGGAUCGGGUCAAUAUGCUAACUCUACAGACAGCUCUUCCUCAUCUUAAGCUUUCCCAUGCGUAUAAAUAAGCUGUUUUAUUUAACAUGUAACAUUAGCAUCCAGUUGCACUGAUCAGUGGAUUUUCAGAUAUUUAGGGUGUAAAAUUUGUAUCACUUUGAAGUCUUGUAUAUGGAGGAAUGACUGACUGAGUUAUGUUUGUAUUUACAGUUACUUUUGCGAUGAGUUUUUGUUAAGUUUCGUCUAUUUUUUUUUGUGUCUUGAUACUUAAACUUGUACAAUUGCCACGUGUGUAUGUAUGUGUGUGUGUGUAUAUAUAUAUAUAUAUAUAUAUAUAUAUAUAUAAAAGAUCUGACAUUUUGUCAGUUGAAUUCCACAAUUGAAGUAUUUUACACAAAAAAUGUUGAAAUUUGUAUCAAUGAAGAGCAGCUCACAUUAUUUCUUUGUUCAUAUGGGCAUAUGUAAAGCAAAAAAGAAUUAAAAAAAAAACCACGAAGCUUCUACAUAAUAAAGAGAAACCUCUCCUUA